CUACAGUCGUCUUAUUCUGCGUUGUUGAAAGGUUGACAAACUCGAGGCUCCUCGACUUUCGACUUUCUCGGCCACAUCACUACAUAUAUCUUACAUGGCAUCAACUUCUCGCCGUUGGAAAGGUGUGGGCGCCAAGAAAGAAUGAGGGGUAUCUGAGUUAGCACAUUCAUUCAAUCACUGGUUGCGGGCCAAGAUAAACACCUGGUCUAAGACUGACAGAAUACUCUACGGUAGGCGAUGACUGUGCAGCAUCUUCGCUGUAAACCCCUGUCUUGAGAAAUGUAACGGCAGCCUAGUCCAGGCCGGUAGACUCUGACUCUCUCGUAAGAAUGUCAAUCACACCUUGCUUCGGCUGAAGGUCAUCGAACCUCCAAUGCUUGUCUCCCUGCGCCACCGUGCUCGCUUGUAAAUUCACUUAUAUUAUGUAGAGAUAUCUCGAGCGAGCCUCGUUCUCUCUCCCUUUCCGAAGCAGUUUCCCCCCCCCCCCGAGGAUGGAGUUCUUUGCGCAGCUUAUGGCUACCGCAUGUUGCAUUUGGUCACAGUAGUAUACCCGCGACAUACGCCAUACUCAACUUUUAUACUGAUACCAACAAUGUAUACCAACGUCAAAUUUGCCAGCAACCCCUACCGUACAACCCCAAUCGACACGGCCGCGCUGUUUGAGAGGCAGUAUGCUGCUUACUACAGUGGUAUCAAAUAUCGUCCCUUAAGCAGCCAGUAUAAUGAGAUACGACUCUUGAGAAUUCAACCAGCAGAGUCACUAUCUGAUCGUAUCGUGUGUCAGCUUGAGCAUACCCCACUCAAUCACCCGCGUGACAGUGUCUCUGGUUAUGUUGCUCUUUCAUACCGCUGGGGAGAUAUUGAUUCGGGCACUCAUGUCAUUCUUGCUGGAUAUCACAUUCGGAUUACCAUGAACUUGUAUCACGCUCUGUUGGAACUACGUAAGAGACAGCACUAUCUUGUUUGGGCAGAUGGGCUCUGCAUUAACCAAUCUGACUAUGAGGAACGCAGCCAGCAUAUUCCGAGAAUGGCAGCGAUAUAUCGGACGGCUUCCUUGGUUAUCUCGUAUUUAGAUUCCCAGGAUCCAAUGGAUCAAUGGCGAAGUGUCAAGGUGUUGGAAAUAAAUGUCCUUGCUCGUCAGAAACGCAAAGAAAUGGACGAAUACCUAAAGAAAAAGCGCCGCACUCCCAAGAAAGCGCCAAAACCCAGGAAAGGGUUUUUUUCUUUCCAAAGAUCCGCUGCGACCGAGAAUCCACAGCGGACUGACAUAGAGAAGCCAUCCAAGCUUCAGAUAUCUCAGCCACAACAUGCAGCGCUCGUGAAACUCCUAGAGCACGAAUACUGGAUGAGAGCCUGGAUUAUACAAGAGAUAUCUGUGAACCCGAAACUGAAAGUUAUCUGGGGUAGUUACGAGAUCGACCUUGACGGGCUUACGUUGACGCUACAAGAGCUGACUCACGUCGACGAGAUCAAAAAUUCACAAGCGCGUCAUCACAUCGAACAGCUCUCUCAGAUCCGUAAAUCCCAGUUAGCACUGCAACCCCUAGCUCUGGUGGAUGCACUUACGAUGUGCUAUCGGGCGAGGGCGAGCGUUCGUCGAGACAGAGUGUUCGCUUUGCUUGGCCUAACGCAUGACGGGCCCAGUCUUUUGCCCGUGGCAAGCUAUGAGGUACCAACGAACAAGAUGUGCCGUGACAUGACUGUCAGAAUGAUUCAGGCUACCGGGAACCUCGAGAUGGUGGUUGCCAAGAACUACGAAGUCAGCAAUUGGUAUCCGAAUUGGUUUGCCUCGGAGAGCUUCGCCCCUCCCUCAGUUACUAAAGAUUCAGGGGGGAUACUCAGUCUUAUACAACACCCCAUUAAUCGGUACUAUCGAGCGUCUAGGAACUUGAAAGCUGAUUUUGUACCAUCCCUCGUUGAUACGGACAUCAGAUUGAAAGGGCUGCGUAUCGGCCAAGUUUCGGCAUGUUCGCCAACUCUUAGGGAAGCAAAAGCUAGCGAUCUAGAUAGAUCACAAAUCACGAAACACAGGACACGAAGAGAGAAGCUAUCGAGAGAGGACCCCCUAUAUGCCAAGUACGCGUCAGCAUCGGAAGCAUUGCGAUGGCUGCUCGUUGAGAUCGCUGGCGAGCAAGGGAGCGACGGGUCCUCCAGCCAACAGGGCACCUUGAAGGAUCUCGGGAGGCUGCUGCAUAGACGAGAGACUUCCGUCGAACAGUUCGCACCCAACCUGAUCCAGUGGAUGAAUUGUUGCGAGAAGCAACAUUUCAAGAUCAAUGGCGAACCGUUGGUUUCAUACUUUUCCGAGCGUAAUGAAACUGGAAGGUCCACCCCAGCUAAAUUUCCAAACACCUGCAGGAUAAUACAGAAGACUCUGGAAGCCGGUUUGCGUCUUGGUAGCCUCGAUGAUGGAAAACUAGGAUGGUUUCACAAGAACACCGCAGUUGGAGAUAAGGUGGCCAUUCUCCUGGGAUCUGCAGUGCCGUGUGUGAUACGGCCUUCCCCCGGAAACAGCAAUUCGUUCACGAUCGUUGGUCCGUGUAUUAUCUUUGGAGUCAUGAAUGGCGAGGCUCUCGAAAAUGCAAUGGACCGACUAGAGUACUUCAAUGUAGUGUAGCACAAGCGCCCCCUUAAUACCCUGUUCAAUCAAUAAACAUACAACUAAUGGGAUAGAUUUUUGCGGACUCAAUCUUACAUGCUGUGUACGGUG